GAAAUUGGACAGAUAAUGAACAGAAACAAUCCGAAAUUUCGGAUGUACAAUCCGAAUCAGAAUGAGGAGAUGAGGGGAAGAGAUAUGUUUGGAAAAAACGGAAAUGAUAAUAAAGAUUACGAAAUAGCUGAUUUGUAUGGACCGAAAGUAACUGAUGAAGACGGUGAACUUUUGGAUGAACAUGAUAGCUUUUAUAUAACAACAAAGAGUUUACUCGUUCUGUUUCAAAUUAUGGGUAUUAUGCCAAUAAUGAGAGUGCCAAAAGGAGCAAAAACAGCAAGAAGGACAACAUAUAAUUGGAUUUCCAAAGCCACGUUAUGGGCUUAUCUUGUAUGGGGCUUGGAAUGUAUAAUAGUAGUUAAAGUGGGAAGGGAACGCCUAACAAAUUUCCAGCAGAGUUCCUACAAGCGAUUCGACGAAAUUAUCUAUAACAUCAUCUUUUUGAGCAUCCUCAUACCUCAUUUCCUUCUUCCGAUAGCGUCGUGGCGACACGGGCCACAAGUUGCUAUAUUCAAAAAUAUGUGGACCCAUUAUCAGUUGAAAUACCUCAAAAUAACGGGCACCCCAAUUAUAUUCCCGAACCUUUAUUAUCUAACAUGGGGCCUAUGUGUUUUCUCAUGGGGUCUCAGCUUCACCGUUGUUCUAUCUCAACAUUACCUGCAAGAUGACUUCGAAUUAUGGCACUCGUUUGCAUACUAUCACAUUAUUGCGAUGCUGGACGGCUUUUGUUCUCUAUGGUACAUCAACUGUAACGCAUUCAGUACUGCAUCUCACGGUCUGGCAAUGAAUCUCCAUAAAGCUCUAGAAGCGGAACAUCCAGCUCUAAAACUCGCCCAGUACCGCCAUUUAUGGGUAGACCUGUCACAUAUGAUGCAACAGUUGGGUCGUGCAUACUCUAAUAUGUACGGAAUUUACUGCAUGGUUAUAUUCUUCACAACCACUAUAUCGCUUUACGGUGCGUUAACAGAGAUAUUGGAACACGGCCUCAGCUAUAAAGAGAUGGGUCUCUUCGUCAUAGUCGGCUAUUGCAUGACCUUACUGUUUAUUAUAUGUAAUGAGGCGUAUCAUGCUUCGAGAAAGGUAGGUUUAGAAUUUCAAGUUCGCCUUCUAAACGUAAACUUGGGAGCUAUAGAUCGUAGCACUCAGCGUGAAGUUGAGAUGUUCCUUGUUGCGAUUGCUAAGAAUCCACCCAUUAUGAAUCUGGAUGGUUUUACCAAUAUAAAUCGGGAACUUUUUACAGCUAACAUAUCAUUUAUGUCAACUUAUCUGAUUGUACUGAUGCAAUUCAAACUUACACUUUUGCGUCAGAGUGCCAGAAAAGCUUUGAAAACUAUCGUCAAUACUGUCCUCGGUACUAAUACUACGAUGGCUGAUGAUGACGAAGACGACGAUGAAGAAUAAAUUUAUUCUUCAUCAAUUAUAUAGAAUAGUUGCCAAUCCAAGUCAUUCAAAUAUCAAUGGAAUUU